CCCCAAAAAAAGGUUCAUGUAACGCUCAUGAAUGGACAACUCUGGUUUCCUGUAAUGAAUGACAAAUGCCUUAUAAAAUCCAACAGGGAUUCCUUUCCAUUAUUUUCUCAUUAAAUUACUCUCCAAAAUCCAUGUAAACCAACAGGGAGAAAUACAAACAUCAAUGGGGAUCGGGUUAAUGGGACGACUGGCAAGUUCAUGGCAGAAGAUGGAAAUGGCUGUCAAUGAUGCAGUUUCUAAGAGCAUCGUUGGAAAGUAUUUCAAGCUUGAAGCAAGGAAAACGUGUUUCACAACGGAACUACGAGCUGGAACUGCUACCUUUAUGACCAUGGCUUAUAUCAUUGCAGUUAACGCCACCAUCCUAGCGGAUUCCGGUGGCACCUGCUCGCGGGCCGAUUGCUCGGUUCCGGCGAACCAAACUGCCGCUUCACCAGAUUGCAUGUUCAAGCCUAAUGCAGGUUAUGAAAAAUGUGUCUCGAAAACCAAGAGUGACCUUGUGGUGGCCACUGUUUUAUCAGCCAUGAUCGGGUCGUUUGCAAUGGGGAUGUUGGCCAACUUACCUCUGGGUUUGGCUCCUGGUAUGGGUCCUAACGCUUACUUGGCUUAUAACUUAGUAGGGUACCAUGGAUCAGGAUCCAUGUCAUAUCAAACUGCAUUAGCUGUAGUUUUAGUCGAAGCCUGUGCUUUCCUCGUAAUUUCUGGUUUAGGGCUUCGAUCAAAACUAGCCAGGCUCAUACCUGACUCAGUCAGGCUCGCUUGUGCUACCGGAAUCGGCCUUUUCAUUGCAUUGGUGGGAUUACAGAUCCACCAGGGUGUAGGCCUGAUCGGGCCUGAUCCCUCAACCUUGGUCACUAUCACCGCCUGCACCACCACAGACCCUUUUACAGGCGCUUGUAUUGGGGGCAAGAUGAAGAGCCCCACAUUUUGGUUAGCCAUGGCAGGGUUUUUAAUAACUUGUUAUGGGUUAAUGAAGGAAGUUAAAGGAAGUAUGAUCUAUGGGAUUCUGUUUAUUACGUUAAUUUCAUGGAUUAGAGGCACUGCAUUUACAUAUUUCCCUGAAACCCCACUUGGCGACUCUAAUUACAAUUAUUUCAAGAAAGUUGUUGAUUUCCAUAAGAUCGAGUCCACCGCCGGGGCCAUCAGUUUCAGCCACUUCAAUUCCAGGGCGGUUUGGGUGGCUUUGGCAACGUUGUUAUAUGUUGAUUUGCUUGCCACAACUGGUGUUCUAUAUACAAUGGCCGAAAUUGGUGGGUUUGUGGAUGAUAAUGGGGGAUUUGAAGGAGAAUAUUUAGCAUACAUAGUUGAUUCAAGCUCCACUGUAGUCGGAUCGGCGUUGGGAGUCUCUCCUGUCGCCACCUACGUAGAGUCAUCAGCGGGGAUGAAAGAAGGCGGUCAGACGGGAUUAACGGCGGUAGUCAUCGCAGCGUAUUUCUUCUUUUCGUUAUUUUUCACACCGUUGUUGACCAGUGUUCCACCAUGGGCAGUUGGGCCUUCACUGGUAAUGGUUGGGGUGAUGAUGAUGAAAGUGGUGAAAGACAUAAAAUGGGGAGACGUGAAAGAAGCAGUGCCAGCGUUUGUGACAAUGGUGUUAAUGCCAUUAACUUACUCAAUAUCCAAUGGGAUUAUUGGUGGAGUUGGGGUUCAUGUUGCUCUUAGUUUAUAUGAUUUAGGGUUGAGGUUGAUUAAAUGGUUGAACCAGAUGAGAAAAAUGGUGCGCAAUGGACAAAAUCAAGUCUCGGUUGGGGCAGAAUCCAUGGUCGAAAUCAUUUGAAGUGUUUUUUUUUUCAAUUAUAUAUGGGGCAGAACAUUUCUUGUAAAAAAUGGAUGGGGAAACUUUCAGUGAUCCUAUCAUUUUUUCCAGGAAAAUUGUUGUCACCGUAUUUAAAAUGCUAGCCAGUGAUUUAAUGUAAUAUAUAUUUUAUCCAUGGGAAAAUUAUGAUAUUCAGUUUCAGAUGAGAAAAA